AGCACCGGCACCACCAUCAGCACCAGGCCACUAUAGAGCCUUCUUUAGCUAGCUCUCUCUCUCUCUCUAACAUAAGUUCGUUCUCUUAUCGUUUUACGUCUUCGGUUUUUUCGUCGUGUGAUAUUUCGAAAGGAUUCUAAAAAGAGAAUCUUUAGAAAAUGUUGUUCCGCCGUCGCGACGUGUCGUCGCGUUAAAUCAAAAUAGAAAAAAAAAAGAAAAGAAAACAGAGAGAGAAAGGAAAAAAGAAAUAACGAGAGCGUGACAAAAACACAAAGGAAAAAAAAGAGAGAGAGAGAGAGAGAGAGAGAGAGAAAGAAAAAAGAUCGCUGAAUAAUCGCGAGAGAAGUGUCCGUUAAUUCGGUUAUCAUCGAUCGUCUUUGGCGAGAGGAUAAACGUGCCCAAGUGUCGGGCUUCUCGCGAAUUGCGAACGUGUGCUACGCGAUUACACAGUGACAAUGUUCUUUCACAAUCGUCAGGCCCUACCGUCAGAACCAAUGAAAUAUCAUCGUCAUUUAUAAAUACUUCUCUUUUUCUCUAUAAUAAUUCUCACGGAAUUAUAUUUUUGAUAAAAAGAAAAAAGAAGGACGAAAAAGAAAUAAAAUAAAAAUUAGAGUCCAACUUGUCAACAAAACGUGUCGUUAAUUGAUCAUUUUUCAAAAAGAGUCUUGGAAGCGUUCCCGGACACAGCUGUCUUGACUUUUGAAUUCUUCAUUUUUGAAGCAAGGAAAAGUGUGCCAUAAAUGUUUCAUAGACACCCCUCGUGGUGCGGAUAAUAUCACGAUAUAUACCUCGUUCAGAAUCGGAGAAUCGAAGCUGGAUCUCGAGGAUCUCGACGAUAUGUUCCCGGAAAUCCAGCAACUGCCGUGAAAAAGUGAGCCACGUGAUAUAAAGAGUAACAACGGCUGGGAAAAUGGCAGACAGACCGAAAAGUCGAUACCUGACUUUCAGCAUACUUCAUAUCAUCACGUUAAUGUGCCAAGCGCUUUCAGAGCCACCGAUGUUUGCCGAACCAAUACCAAAUGUCACCGUAGCACUUGGAAGGGAUGUCAGUCUACCUUGCGUCGUUGAAAAUCUCGGUAGUUACAAGGUCGCUUGGGUCCACGUCGGUAGACAAAUGCUAUUGACGAUUCACAAACACGUUGUCGUCAAAAUACCAAGGUUCUCCGUGUCGCACGACAAUCAAAAAACGUGGCUAUUACACAUCAAUGGAGUACAACAGGACGACAGAGGAUACUACAUGUGCCAAGUGAAUACUAAUCCUAUGAUGAGUCAAGUAGGAUUUCUACAAGUCGUUGUUCCACCAAACAUAUUGGAUUCUUUAUCAACGGAGAGUACAGUCGCCGUACGAGAAAAUCAAAACAUCACGUUAACGUGUAAAGCAGACGGAUAUCCAACUCCAAAAUUAAUGUGGAAACGUGAAGACGGUCAAGGGAUAAGCAUCAAUCGGCACAAAAAAGUAUCCAAGUACGAUGGCGAACAAUUAAAUUUGACGAAGAUUACACGUAAUGAAAUGGGAGCAUAUCUAUGUAUCGCAACCAAUGGCGUUCCACCAACAGUUAGCAAAAGGAUCACCGUUGAUGUCGAAUUCUCGCCAAUGAUCUUUGUACCAAAUCAAUUGGUCGGAGCACCAGCUGGUACCAAUGUGACGAUCGAUUGUCACACCGAGGCCUAUCCUCGUGCAAUGAGCUAUUGGUUCCUAGGGGAUGAAAUGAUACUCUCGAAUGAGAAAUACACGACUACGAUAAUGGAGAAUAGCUACAGGGCUCAUAUGAAAUUGCACAUAAGGAAUCUUCAAGCUGGUGAUUUUGGAAACUAUCGAUGCAUCAGUAAAAAUUCGUUGGGCGAAACAGAAGGUUCUAUAAGGCUCUAUGAAAUCCCAAAACCAUCGGCUCCACCCAAGGCAACAGAAAUCAAGAGCAGCGCCAACAAAGAAGGACGAGCGAGCACACCUCCACCAGCAAAAAGGCCGACUACCGUAUGGCCAUCCUCUUACAACCCGUAUUCUCCGAAAAGGACGGAAAGACCAUCGCCAUCGAGCGAAGACAGGGUCGACAGGCCUAAACAGAAACUACGUGGUGAUUACAGUACAGGAAGUGCAUACAUCAUCAGAUGGAGUGCACCGCAGUUGAUGAUCGUUGCGGUACAGUACAUACUCACUGGACCGUACAUGCCACCAUACCAACAUGCAUACGUGGGAUUACGUUUAAGCGACGCGUGAGCGGCCACAGUCUACGGUAAGCGAGGCGUAACGGAGAUACCGCUCCGUGACGUCGUUAAGCGCCGGCAUACAACACGAUUCCACGCAACGAGACGCACCGCCGCCGUGAAACGACACCCUCUCCCCCAUCUCUCCACCACAACGUUGCUCUUUCGAUGUUGAAACUUCGGAUCGAUGAAAAGAGAAAAAGAGAGAAAGAGAAAGAAAAAGAAAGCUUUUUCGUGCAUUCACCCACCCCCUCAAGAUUUUUUUCUUAAAGAAAAUCGACGUUACCGACGUUUACGAAGGUCGGUAAAAAUGGGACGUAAGAAGGACGAAGAAGGGAGAAGGGUGAAAUGGGGGAGGAAAAUAGGGUAGGGGAAAGGUUGUGGGCUACGGAUAAAAAUGGUUGCUCGAAUUUAAAGCGGGAAGAGUUUUACGACGCUGUUAGGUAUUAAACUUGAAGGUAAAUCCUGAUACAACUCACCCCGCACGAAUUUAUGUCCGUAUUCAUUAUUCCAACAAUAAAAAGACGCUCCCUUAAGGAA